GGAGCUAAGCUUCGUGUGUGGAGGACGGCCUACCCACUUAUUCUCUUUCUCUCUCUUCUCUUUAAUUUUCUCUUUCUCUCUCUUCAAUUCUCUUUUUUUUCUUCCUUUCUCUCUCUCAAAUGAUCAUACGAGGAAGAUGAUGAUCACCAAAACACAAAAUUAUGAAUGUUGCAUGUGUGGAGACCAUGGCCUUUCUUAUGAACUCUUUCGUUGCAAAGUUUGUCAUUUCAGAUCUCAACACAGGUAUUGUAGCAAUCUAUACCCAAAAGCGGAAUCAUAUAGAGUAUGCAAUUGGUGCCUAAUUCAAAAGGAUAAUGAUAAUUAUCAUCAACAAGAAAUUACUCCCACUUCCACCACAACAACAACAUCAAAUAAUUCCAACUCUCCUUCACAAACAAGGCCUACAAAGAAGUUCAUCAACAACAAUAACAACAACAACAAUGUUUUCGGGCCGAAAAUCGGCAACGGGGCCAAAAACUUGAAGCCUAUAAGCCCAAUAAAGAAGCCCGACAAGAUACCGGAAACUCGAUCGCCUUCGGGCCGUAAAAGGAUCAUCAACGGAGGAGGCCCGGCCCAUGUUGAAGAGAAGUUGAGGAGGACCAAGUCAGAAGAAGUGUCAAACAAUAAUAAUUCAAGUGGUAGUAGUAGAAGUAGUGGUGGCGCCGCCAGCGGCGGUGGUGAUGGUGGGCCAGCUGUUAUCAAACAUGUCUUUAGAAACAAGGUGAGAAGGUAUAAGCUUUUGGAUGAGGUUUCUAGUUGACAUUUCUACAUAAUUAACUUCUUUAAUUAUCAAAUACUAAGUAAAAUUACUAUUAAUUAAUAAGUACUUAAUAUCGUAAUUAUCUUCUACUUCGUAACUUUUUUUUUUUUCCUUGAGCGAAUGAGCCACAAGAUCAAUAUAAAUCAUAAAUAAGAUCGGGAUUCGAACUUGAGAACUAUCAACACAACCACUCAGUCUUAAUCAUUAGGUUAAGGCCUCAAUUGAUGUAAUUAUCGUCUAGCUAGCUCCCACAAAUAUACUUGUGGGAUAAUUUCGGAUUUUCUUUUUUAUUUUUAUUUUCUAGAUCAAAGAAAUGGAGAAAAGAAUUAUGAGGAAGUAAGAGAAGGUUCAAUGAAUGGAACAUCUUGAUAACGUACGUAUUGUAAAUGUAUGGGAAUCCGAGUUUUGAGAUAUUUUUUUUAAAUCUAUAUAUCUAAACUAAGGGAUUCUAUA